CAUGAGCCGCCCGUGAGAUCCAGCAGCAGUCAGUUGUAGUGUGUAAAUGGAGGAUUCAUGUUUUGUUCCCGUUGGAUCUAAGCAGCUGACCUGAUGUGUGUGUUUGCCUCCAGCAGCAGUGACGGGGACAGACAGUGAGGAGAGGAGGGACGCACAUCCACAGACUCAAGUGUGAGGAAGAUUUCAGUCCAGCUUUCACUUCGCGCUCACUGCACACGACUUGACUGAAAUAUGGGUUGUAGGCUUCCUAAGUUCCGGAAGGCAGAGGAGAGGCGAAGCCCGGGCAAUAUCUACUCCACCCUUCGACGGCCUCAGGUCGAGACUAAAGUGGGCGUGGCCUACACCUACCACUUCCUGGAUUUUCUGUUGGGAAAAGAAGAGGUGCCGGUGUCGUCCGUGCUUUGUCUCUCCUCUGUGAGAGAGCUACCAGUUCAGGUCAGAGAACUCUAUGCGCAGGGUUUUGUCCUGGUCGCCGUCCAUCCAUUUGUCCAUCCCUGUGGCCCUCGUCACGCACACAUCCAACGCCAGCUCCACAGGGCCGUGCUGGUCCGAGAGACUCCGAGUUCAGAGAAAAGCCAACUGAGGUGGGCAAGACAUCGUCUGGAGACAGAUGUGUGUGUGGCAGGUCACCAGGCUGCUGACCCAGAAGUGAUCCAGAGCUACGUCAAGAGAAUCCAGGAUGUAGCAGAACAAGGGGUGAUGUUUGUAGGCUUUCUCCAGCAGCCCGGUGGAGGGCCCUGCUACUUGGGGCACUGGGACCCUGAAGAGCUAUCCUCUUUACAUUCAAGCCCUUCACCCAUACGUAGACACCCUUUCAGCGCCAACACCAGCCCAACAGAUCCCACAGAGCCACAUCAUAAUGACACGGACCGUCACCACUUUGAACUUCAAGAGUUAGAUCAUGAAGGAGUAGAGCGAAACGUACGGGACCACAAGAUAAGAGAGCCGGACUUCAGUCCUCUGAAACCUAUUCAGUGUUUUAACCAAGAUGAGCAGAUCCAGACCUUACAGAUGAGCCUCAAAGAGUCACUAGAAUCAACAAACCAACCUCAACAUCACAGCAAACCCAGUUCAGACACAGUUCAGUGGUGUCCAAAUCAAAACCAAGCAGAAGCCCAAGGGAACCAAAUGUGUCCCAGCCCUCUGGAAACUGCAGGUAUAAUCAGACGGCAUCUACCAGACCUCCAAGAAUCCCCAGAGGAACGAUUUAACCUUUCCAAACAGAGAGACGGACAAAGCUCAAGCUCCGACAGUUGGCCCAGCUCACCAGAACUGAAUCGAGACCACGAAAGAAAGUCUAGCUCUACCUGCACAGAUGGGCAAAACAGAGUGUCGACAUACAACAAUAACAAUAUCCGGCUCAAGGGUUCGGAGAAAGACAAGAAUACAACUUCACCACCAGCGCAGGGUAGGAUGCAGCUCUUUGCCUUGUACAACCACACAGAGGAGAUGAACACUUCUCUGAGGUUUUAUUCACUCAGGGUGCCACUACAGGUGCAAAAGGAGGCAGGGCUUGUCAUGGAAGUUGACACACACUGGCUCGACCACAUGACUCAGCAUUUCAGCAGCGGCGCACACCUCAUUGAUGGGUUUUUCCACCUUGAAGAUGAUAACGACAAUGGUGUUUCAUCUGUGGAUAGUGUGUUCAUCUUCCAGAGCUCAUCAGAGGAGACCGCAAACACCUCCUACGAUGCUAUCGUGGUUGAGCAGUGGACCAUUGUUGAUGGUGUUGUGGUGAAGACAGACUACAUUCCCCUGCUCCAGUCUUUGGCUCCGUAUGGAUGGAGGCUGAUGUGUGUGUUACCCACACCAAUUGUCAAGACCAACAGUGACGGGAGUUUGUCGACCAAGCAAAUCCUCUUCCUUCAGAGACCCGUUUUGCAGCGCAAGAGAAAAGACUUCAAGAUGCUCAACCUCAGGGGUCGCAGCAAGACGAAGAAAAAAUCUACUGAAGAGACGGAAGAGGAGAGAGAGAACAUGUCCCCUCUGAUGGAGACGGAGAUGGACAGGUUGAGAGGAAACACAACAGAGGAGGAAGAAGAGGCAGAGGGGAGAAGGAGCAGAGACAGCGGAAGGAGCGAAGGUGAAGAGGAGAGGGAACAGGAUGCGCAGCAUCAAAGGGGCUUCUUGCUCCUUUCGAGGAGCAGGGCUUCUGUCGAGGAAGAGGAAACGGACGUCGACAGGAUCCCUCUGUCCGAGCAGGAGUCGGCGGUGAGAUGGACAGAUGUGUGUCAGAGGGAUGAUGGAGGGGUCAAGGAGGAGGUGAAGACGGAGGAGCGCAUCAAACAGCAGCUGUUUUCUGGUGUCUGUUGA